AUGGCGUAUGUGGAAGACACAAGCGGACAAGCAGCUUAUGAUGGAGAACAAUUUCGAGGUGCAGCCGGUCAUUACCAACAAAACGAGCAGAACUAUCAAUAUGAAACUGCAAAUCAAUAUCAACAAUAUCAACCGGAUUAUCAUCAUGUGGCUUCUGCGGGAGAGAAUGAUGAAAACAAUUUUAUGGAAACAAAUACAGCCAAAACUAUCGUAAAAUGGAAGAAAGUUUCGAAUACUUCCGGGCCCACACCAAGGCCUCGUCAUGGCCAUCGAGCCGUUGCUAUUAAAGAUUUGAUGAUAGUUUUUGGUGGAGGCAAUGAGGGAAUUGUUGACGAGAUGCACGUCUAUAAUACAACAACUAAUCAAUGGUUUGUGCCAUCAGUUCGUGGAGAUAUCCCUCAAGGAUGUGCUGCUUUUGGCAUUGUUUGUAAUGGGACUCAUAUCUACAUUUUUGGUGGCAUGGUUGAAUAUGGAAGAUAUUCUGCCGACAUUUUCGAAUUGCAAGCGAAUCGUUGGGAAUGGAGAAGACUUCGGCCAAGACCUCCAAGAAACGGUCCACCUCCAUGUGCACGACUGGGACAUUCAUUCACAAUCACUACUCAUCAGGUCGCUUAUGUUUUUGGAGGAUUGGCAAAUGAUUCAACCGAUCCAAAGAACAACAUUCCGCGCUAUCUCAACGAUCUAUAUUCAAUCGAUUUGCGACAAUCAAAUGCUGGAAUUGCUCUACAAUGGGAAAUGCCACAAACUUAUGGCAAAGCUCCAUGUCCUCGAGAAUCCCAUUCAGCUGUUUUUUCGGAGAGCAGUGGUCGUCGUCGAUUGAUUAUUUUUGGUGGAAUGAAUGGAGUUAGAUUAGGCGACCUGUGGAUUCUCGACUUUGAAUCAAUGACUUGGGAUUCACCAACAACAGACGGAACGUGUCCAUUGCCUCGCUCACUGCACACAGCCUCUUUGAUAGGCUCGAAAAUGUUCGUGUUUGGUGGAUGGGUGCCACUUUUGACGGAAGACGGGACUCAAUUCAGUGAAAAGGAGUGGAAAUGCACGAACACUAUUGCUUGCCUCAACACGGAUACACUGGUCUGGGAACCACUCUCUGUGGACGACCACAAUGAAGCCUCCGAUCUGUUACCGCGGGCUCGAGCAGGCCACAGUGCUAUUGUGAUCAACACGAGAAUGUUUAUCUGGUCUGGCCGUGAUGGAUAUCGGAAAGCUUGGAACAAUCAAGUUUGUUGCAAGGAUAUGUGGUAUCUUGAAACGGCACGUCCAAAUCAAGCUGGCAAGGUUCAACUUGUUCGAGCAACCGUCAACUCUUUAGAGGUCUGCUGGGCUGCUAUACCAACCGCAGAAGCUUACCUUCUCCAAGUGCAGAAAAUUGAGAAAGGAGAUCGAGAUGAGUCGACAGUUCAAAAUCCUACAACAAACAUGACACCAUCAACUCGUCCUAUGAUUGCAACUGGACAACCAACAAUGGCUCGAAUUCCGGUUAGCCGAGGCUCUAUUGUGAGUGGAGGACCUCAGAAAGUGAUCAUGCAUCGAACACCUCAAGGACAGUUGAUGAAGAUAGUCCGACCGACAAGUGGUACAGUUCUCUCAUCAUCGAGUGGACAAGUUGUUCGUGUAGUGAAGAAUGUUGCUGGAGGAACACCAAUCUCAACGGCCAGUGCAAUCAAUAGAACAGCUAUCAAACCGGCUUUUGUAAUCAAGACGCAAACUCCGCUCGGAUCACAAACUCAAUCACAAAAGGUUGUUUUUGUUUCACAGGCAGCUCCUUCACAAGUACAAAGAGUUCAGCCAGAACAAGUGCAUGUCAAUCAGACAGGACCAAGUAUCUCAACACAAGGCACUACUUACACUCAGCCACAAAUAUCUCAACAACAAGUUGAUGAUGGAGGUUUGCCACACAAUUUACUUGAUGAAGUUCCGGAAGCCGGUGAGGCUCCACAAACAUCGCCACGACAUUUUAUGGGCAAUGAAGAGAUGGAGCUUCCGAGAUCAAAUGGUGAUGAAGAUGAUCCAAGUGAACAAAUUGCUGAGGCUGGAGGCGAAGAAGUGCCAGAACUUACUGAAGGUGCUCAUACUCUCAUUCCAAGAGAAGAGAAAAAGGAAGAUGUUCCUGAAAGCUCCAAUCAAGAAGCGAAUAAUGCCGAAGGUGAAUCGGCAGCCUUUGUCAAGGAAAGUAACGAUGCUGAAGAGAGUAAACCGGACUCAUCGCAGUUCAUGCAAGAACUUAGCGACAUUGUGUUGGGUGUUAAUGCUGGAGAACCGAUGGAUGAGCAUCAAGUCCCUUCCAAUCUAGCGUCGAUGCCCGUUGACGGAGCGCCAAGGCAAACUGCUGGUGUCCCAAUGCCACAUGAUGUCUUAACAGCACAACAAUCACGAAUGAACAAGCAGGCGUUUGAGGAACCAAUUGCUCAACAAUUUGCGGAUGAACCACAACAACACGUUCAACAUGACGGCGCUUUGUUGCAGAAUGAUGACAAAAAAGACGAAUGGUUUGAUAUUGGAAUCAUCAAGGGAACCCAAUGCAAUGUAACACACUUCUUUUUGCCGUCAGAGUCAACACUUGAACAACAUUAUGGAACUGAUUUUGAUGUUGGGAUGCACGCCGGCCAAAACGUUUCAUUUUUGCGCAAAGGUGCUCUUGAGCCUGGUACGGCCUACCGAUUCCGUGUUGCUGCUCUGAAUACAGUUGGAAGAGGUCCAUGGAGUGAAUUGGCAGCUUUCAAGACUUGUCUUCCCGGCUUUCCUGGUGCACCAUCAUCAAUCAAAAUCGCAAAAGGAGCCGACGGUGCACACCUCACUUGGGAACCGCCUGCGAAUGCUGCUGUGUCUGGGCGAAUCAUUGAAUACUCGGUUUACUUGGCCGUUCGUAACACAACUUCCAAUGGAGAUUCACAGCUGGCUUUCAUGCGAGUUUAUGUUGGGGUUGAGCCAAGCUGUGUUGUAACGCAAAACAAUCUGAAUGCCGCCUAUGUGGACACGACGGCCAAACCGGCCAUCAUUUUCCGUAUCGCGGCAAAGAAUGAAAAGGGAUAUGGACCGGCCACACAAGUCAGAUGGCUUCAGCUUGAGUCAGAGAACCGAAGAAAUGUUGCUCCAGCGGCUAACAGAUAUCCUGUCAGUAGUAUGUCCUCUCAACAAUCAGGAGGAUAUUAUCUACCAACAAAGCGAAUCCGAAUGGAUCAA